AUGCUGUCCGCAUCACCCCCGGAUCCCUGUCCCCGUCCUGUGAGCCUGGCUCCACUGGCCGCAAAAGUCAGCCUUGCACUCAAGCGGAGGCAGUGUGGGCACCGACAUUUCAUCCCAAGGCCUCCUCCACGGGUCACGCGCUGCAGCCUCGCUCCCUCCCAGAAGAGCAGGAGAAAGAAGAGGGACGCGAAGGUCGCAAGAGCACAAAGCUGCCAUCUCUGGGUUAGGCCGGCGGUUGUCGAGGGGAGGCGGCAGCUAGAGCAGAGCUCGCGGGAGGGAAGCCUGCUAAAGAAACGCCGGGUUCUGUCUCCGCCAGAUUUCUCUGCCCUCUCUGUGCCUCCACUUGAGUUGACACAAGCCGAAACGCAGUUGAACAGCCUCGACAACAUCGCCCCCCAAUUAGUUGGGCGCUGGCAUUUUUCAAGGCCGCGAUUCCCUGGUGAUCAGGACAGUCAGCCCAGCGCCAGGAAGCCCCGGGUGCACCCCCGGGGUUGUCGUGACUUGACAGUCAGGAAUUGCACAGCCUCGGACAGGGUUGCCACUCUCCCCUGGGCGUUGGCAUCGGGAUCAACCCCUUCUCGAGCUGUCCUCCUGGCUGGGACUCGAGCCCGAGAGUCCCAGGCGGCCAGACCCACCCACUGCGUCCCCAGGUGUGCUCUCCAGUGGAACUUCCAAGGAAGGGAGCUGAAGACUCGAGGUCCGGGAGGCUGUGGCGCGCUCGGGGCUCCUCGAUUCCGUGUUUGCCCCGUCACCCCUACCGCCUCUACCUCGAGGGGCACCCUGCUUGGCUUGACCCAGCUAGGGUCCUGCCGGACGCCCUGCCGGGGGCGCCGCCCCGCCGCACGCCUCCGCCGGGCACCUCCCACCGCCGGCCUCGCUCCUCCUUUCUCCCCGGCGCGCGUCCUCCGCUGCAGGUGCAAUCCCCGCGGGGACCCGGAGCGCGGCGGCCGGUCAGUGCCCUCGCUCUCCACGCCCUUGCAGCCGAGACCAGCCCGGGAGCACCUGCGCGCCGCCGGCUCCUCUCCGGGGCGACCGCGGCGAGCUGACUGGGCAUGCUCAGGAGCGGGGCGGCCAGGCGCCGCGGGAGCCAAGCGCAUGCAAUCGCCCGGCUGGGCGCCGGCCGUCCAGGGGCGCGGCGCGCAGGCGGCCACGGUCGCCGACGCCCUGUCCAGCUUGGGCAGGACGCGGGCCAGGAUGGCCUCCCUCACGGCUUACGACAAAGAUGUGAGCAGUGGGAGUUAUAACCUUUCCUCUGCAACGACAGGCAGCUACUACAGUUGUGUCAGCCAGAUCACCAUAGGUUAUGAUGUCUCUGGGCCUGUUGCAAUUGGGCUCACCCACUGGAAAAAUCCUUAUGCACAAGGCAGACCCACCCUCCCGUCGGAUCUGCCUCUCUUCGUCUCCAAAGAUGCAGGCAUCCCUGUGUAUCACCAAUCCCUCACCCGCAAGACUGACCUGGCCACGCCUUUGUCUUGCCCAGCCUCACUCUCCAUCACUCCAGUGCCUUCUUACAGCAGCAGCAGCCAGGAAACCCUGAGUCAAGACACGACAGGUAACAGCGCUGGUGUCCUGUUGGAGAUUCAGGAUUCAAUGUAUUUAAAGGUUCCUUCACGCAUUUGCCUGCUGCAUCUACGUUCAUGCUUGUGAUGCUGUGGACUCCAACAAUUCCUCCAUAUUCACUGGCCUUUAAUGGGUUGGCUGUAUCUGAAGGAAGGUUGGAUGUGUUUAGAAAUAUCUGGUCUAAGUGUUACUGCUAUUUGGUAAAAUGUCUUCUGGAAAUCAACUCUGAAUCAGAAUUCCAAAUUUUGUCACAUGAAUUUUUAUUUGUUUAAUUUCUUUAAUCCUCUAGUGACAAGGCAUCUAUCUUGGAUUAAACUCUUAUAUUCAAAGAAGUUAUCAAAAAUCCAUUUUGAAUUCCUUAGUGACUACCAAUUCAUGUUGCUGCACCUAUUUGAUCUAUGUCAGGGGUCUGCAGACCACUGUCA